CAUACACGCACUGGGGUUUGAUGUGGGUGUGGGAGCAACUUUAGGAAACAAAGUGUCUAUCGCUUCAAAACUAGCUCACAGUUGUUCCUGCUCUCAGUUUAUUAUUUUCGAAGAAGUUUUAAAAACUCCGAGGAGAUCAACAGGCGUUCACGUCACUCUACGGGUCUUCAUUUAGCUCUCAUCAUGUCCGAUGGGGACUAUGAUUACCUCAUCAAGUUCCUCGCUCUGGGGGACUCUGGGGUGGGAAAGACCAGCUUCCUAUAUCAGUACACAGACAGCAAAUUCAACUCCAAAUUCAUUACCACAGUGGGAAUAGACUUCAGAGAAAAGCGAGUGGUGUAUAAAUCCAGUGGUCCUGAUGGCACAGCGGGCAGAGGCCAGAGGAUCCACAUCCAGCUGUGGGAUACAGCCGGACAGGAGAGGUUUCGGAGUUUGACCACUGCUUUCUUUAGAGAUGCGAUGGGCUUUCUACUGCUCUUUGACCUCACCAAUGAGCAGAGCUUCCUGAAUGUGCGCAACUGGAUGAGUCAGCUGCAGACACAUGCAUACUGUGAGAAUCCUGAUAUCGUCUUGUGUGGAAAUAAAUCAGACCUGGAGGAGCAGCGUGCCGUCAAAGCGGAGAACGCAAGAGAACUGGCAGAGAAAUACGGGUGA